UCGUGCGUGUCAAGACGUGGCCGAAGGAGACGCGUGUAUGUAUCUCAAUUAAGUCGGCUGUAACCACUUUGUGUGAGUGAGUCACGAGAGUAUGUUUGUGUGGGUGGGAUAGGAGGCUCCGAAACCGUUACAAGAGAAGUCUUUUCAAGAAGACCAGUCUCGACUUACCUACCUGCCUGUCGUCAAGCACAGCUUGUGAGCGACGGAAAAUCAACGCUGCAGAUUUCAAAGAGUCGACCGGAUUUACGCUGCAACGCCCGAGGAUCGAGGCGAGGUCUCUUUCGCCUUGGCAUUAUCGCAACCUUAAACCUAAAACUGGAGCUGCUGCGUAGAUAAUCAUGAGAGCGGUGCACUGCCUUUUCAUCCUGCUCGUCGUUCAUGGGCUAAUACGAGUGCCUAUUCCGAAGAAAAAGGAAAAAGUUUUCACCAAGAUGCGACGGAUGAUGGGGAUGAUUACGUUUGGGGUUUGAUACGCGGAAGUCCAUUACGAAAAUAGAAGAACUACGUAGAAGAAAUUAAAAUUUGACAUCUUCAACCCAGACUCAAAACUCGUGUUGACCGGUAGCAAUCAUAUCCUUAUUGCGCCUCCCCUGCGAUCGUGAGGAAAGGACCGGCGUUCGCUACGCCCAUUUAUUCCGAUGCCUUCCUGCCAGCCGCGAUGCAAGUUAUAUUCCACGCGGUUGGUCAGCUGAAAAUACACGCCGCCGAAGAGGAGGAGGAAACUCUGUUACGAACACCGUCGACGAGUCCGCAUCCGCCCGGACAGAGACAACCCUUACCUGCAGAGGUACAAACGCGAAACGACGUCGAGACGUCGACGAUAUCCGACAAUGAGAAGUACUUCGUGCCACCCGAGCGGUACCAGGAGGAGGCCUUGAUAAUCGCAAAACCGGAGGGUGCGAAUUCCGAGAAGGUUGGCGGGGGCCAAGCUCUCACUCCGGAAGCGAACCACGAAGAAUCGGAAGUUGUUUACGGGCUACCGGAAACAAACUACGAACUUCCGGAGAGGGAUCAGGAGGUGCCGGAAAAGAGUAACGGACAAACGAUCAGCAGGUGCAGACCAGGCUAUCGACUCGUUACUAGCAUGCCCAAAGAAUCGACCGUCGACAGCGUUGUUCGGCAGAUUUACAACAUCAUGGAAACUUCGUCGUCGGGAUACAAGGACGUCGCCCAAACUUCGCCGGAAAUGGUCUCAACCUCGGGGACCGAGUGCAUCGAGGCCAAGAAUCCGGCACAUUAUAUUCCUGCCGAUGGAUCGUCCGACGAUAGAGAAAAAUCUGACGAAGACAAGGACGAUGCGAGGUUCACGCUCCUCGGCGAGAGAGUCGACCAGGUGCCGAAUCCGAGUUUGGUCGCCUUCCUGAGGGCUGGAAACGCGACCACCAGCCCGUCCCUUCUCCAGCUGAGCGAGCUUUACGACGUCCUGAGCAAGGACGCGAGGAGGCAGGGAUACUCGAAGUACGCCGGAUACUCGGACAAGGUCCUAAAGUUCUUGCAGGAAUCCUCGGGCGGCGAAGCCGGGGUUCAGCUCAGGGAAUUUCUCGAGAAAGCCAUGGCGGCUAACGAGUUGUCGAGGUACGAUUCUAUGACCAAAACGAAGCAGAUUAUCGCCGUUCUGAAGGACCCGGGCAGCAGGCUGAGCACCGAUCUAAGAAACAAGGUCUUGCCGAUGCGCUUCGUGUUCUGAUGAACCGAGCAUUCGACAGGAUGGCGACAGACCGGGAAAACCGGGAAUAGUCGAGGAAUUUUGUGUGUCGGAAGAAGUCAGGGAAUUAAGACGGGCCACAGGGAAAAUGCACUGAGAGAAAUGUUCAUUUCCGGUUACGGCUCAGUCCUUAACUAUUUUCAUUUAUUACCACAAUCGAAAAAUAUAGUUGUAGGUAAAAAAUGAAAAUUAGUUUUCUAGCUGCUACCGG